UCUGGUCUCAGAGUCCGGUUGAUGGAGCGAAGGAGAGGAGAAAGCGACAGGGACGCGGUGGACAUGUAGAAACAACGGAAACAACAGCUGUAACGUUCCAUGUCCAUCUCACGUCGUGGUUUUUUUUAGCUUAUUUCUACUAUGUGGAGUUUCCCUUUUUCCACGGUGGUUUCGUCGCUUUACGGUCCGAGUCCUGUAUCCCUGGCAACGCGACCAACUGUCCUUCGAAGUUUGGAUCAAGUGUUUUUUACCUCCGACGGAAAACAGACUGGAUAUUAAACCGCUAGACCAACAGAACUUACUCUGGGGGCAUGCUACCGUGUGUGGAAGUUCUCCAAACGGCCCCCGUUCACAACUAACUUGCUUUUAAUUCGAAAUUUUUGUUUAGGGAAACGGGACAGCGCGAGACAAUAGUGGCGAGGGAGAGAGGGAGCUCGUGCACGGGAAGAGGAGGGUAGGGGGAGUCGGUGCCUCGCGGGGGCUUUGUUCUGCCCCGGGGAGAGAGGUGGCGGAUAUCGACCGACCGAGCGGUGGAUUUAAUGAUUAGCUGGUGAUUAAAAAGUGGAGUCGGAAGCCGUGGGAACAACCAUGGACGUGACUCUGUCCGAGUUACUGGCCACUUUCAUGGAGUCACCGCUGGUUGUGUGGGUGCGGUUGUUGGGGCCGCUGGGUUCAUGUGACGAUGUGGGCUCAGAGGAGCGAGUCAGCAUGUUCAUGGAGCUGGUGGAUGGGGUUUUCCUGCACAAGAUCAUGACACACAUUGACCCUAGCCCCAGUAACCAGAGAUUGAACAAGAAUGUGAACAAUGACAUGUCGCUUCGCCUUCACAACCUGACUGUUCUCACCAGGCACAUCAGGACUUUCUACCAGGAGAACUUACAGCAGUUAAUAGUCAUGCCCCUUCCUAACAUCCUCUACAUAGCUAAGGAUCCAAUAUCAGCCAAGAGCAUGGAAGAACUGAAAAGAAUGUUGUUGCUGAUACUAGGCUGUGCUGUUCAGUGUGAGCGUAAGGAGGAGAUGAUAGAGAAGAUCAAACUGCUGAACAUCGAGACCCAGGCCGCCAUCGUCUCUCACAUCCAGGAGGUUACCCAUAACCAACUGAAUGUACUCGACCUCUCCUGGCUGGAGGAGGGAGCAGAGCUUGUGCGUGAAGAGCUAGAGCCUCUGUCCCGUAACAUGGCUACAUCACUACAGCAACUGAUUGACCAGAGGGACAAAGCCAGUGAGGUGAUUUUGGAUUUGACCCAGGAGAGGGAUUACCUGUUCAGUCAGCAGCCCCAGGAAGGAUGCAGGAACCUGGGCAUGAGCAGCCCACAGCGAGAGCAGAGCGCUGGAGGUGUGGGAGUAAAUGUUGGAGGAUCAGCUCUGACUCUGACCAAAGAAGAGAGACAGCAUCUCUCUGUGGAGCUUGCUGAUACCAAGGCCAAGCUCCGCAAAUACAGACAAGAACUCGAGGAAAAAACCGAGCAGCUGAUGGAUUCAAAGCAUGAAGGGGAGCGUCUGGAUCAGGAGUUACAGAAACUAAAACAAGAGAAUCAGUCGCUAUCUUGUGAGGCUCGCUCAGCCCGAGUGUAUCGGGACGAAGUGGACUCUCUGAGGGAGAAAGCAUCCAGGGUGGACAGGCUGGAGACUGAACUGACCAGAUGUAAAGAAAAGCUCAAUGAUGUUCACUUCUACAAGACCAGAGUAGAGGAGCUUCGUGAGGACAACUUUACUCUGAUGGAGACAAAGAUGUUGCUGGAAGAGCAGCUGUCAGCCUCUAGGGGGCGUUUUGAAAAACUUCACACUCUGGAGAAAGACAACCUUUUACUACGAUCUAAGAUACACGAUCUGGAAAUGGAGAGGGACAAUGAACGUCAGAGGCUGGAAGAACUUGUGGAGGAGAACAUGCUGCUGGAGAUUGGACAGAAACAGAGUAUGAACGAGUCAGCUCAUCUCGGCUGGGAGCUGGAGCAGCUGAGCAAAAACCAUGACAACACUAAGACAGAGAGUCGUAAGUCACUGGUCCAUGAGCUUAACGAGUGUGUUUCCAGUCGAGUGUUGAAGCUUGAGAAGGAAAACCGGGAGCUCCAGUCCUCUAUAGACAGACUGAAGGAAGACAAUCACCUCCUGCAGGAGCAGCAGCUCUACACCCAGGAGCUGGACAGGGAGAACCAGAGUUUGAGCAAGAAGUUGGAGCGUAUGCAGGGCUUAUUGGACCAGGAGAGACUGACAAAUCAGGACAUGGAAUCUCUGGGGGAGGAAAUUUUGAAGGAAAAGCAGAGUCUGGAGAGAGAUAUGCAUGUUCUGAGGGCAGAGAAGGAUCAGCUGAUCUCGGAGUUGGAGAGUGAGAAGCAUCACCUGUCUGAUGCGGUGAUGUCCCUUCAGGAGCGUGCACAGUCCAACAGUGAGGCAAGAGUCCGUGAGGUGGAAACAGACAACCGUUUACUGCACCAGAGCAUCACCGAUACCAGCUCCCGAUUGGCCAGCUUGGAAACUCAACUCAAAGUAUCACAUGAGGAAGCAGAGCGGCUGAGGGAGAAGGCAGGAAGGUGCGAGGAGGCGGAGAGAGAGGCAAUAAGGCUGGAGCGGAGCAGGGACACUGUGAACAGAGAAGUGGUGUCUCUGCGGGCAUGCAGCGAGCGGUCAGAGGCGCUUGAGAAACAGGUGUCCUCAUUUGAGCAGGAGGUGCACCGACUGAAGAGGGAGACAGAUGAAGCCCAGCAACAGCUGCAGCACCUGAAAAGGCACGAGGUAGAGAACAGCCUGCUGUCAAAAGAGAACCUUGACCUCCGCUGCUCAAUGGAAAACCUGCGCUCCUCAUCCGCUCGUCUAGCUACCCUGCAGGAGGAGCAUACAGAAAUCCAGAGAGAGACACAGGAGCUGAAUAGGAGGCUUGAAGAGGUCAGAGAGGAGGCACAAACAGAGAGGAAGAGGGCAGAAAGGCUGGAGGUGAACAUGGCAACUCUGAAUCAGGAGAAGCAUCGAUUAGAAGAGGAACUAGAGAGGAGUAAAGAUGAGAGGGAGGAGGUAGAGAGGAAGAGACAGGAGACGCAGAGCAGGAUGGAGGAAUGGAGAAGGGAAGUAGAGGACCUGAAAGAGGAGCGUAAAAGGAGGGAGGAAGGAGACAAGGAGAGGAGGAAGCUACAACUGGACCUGGAGCAGUCAGAGAAGGGCAGAAAGCACCUUGAGAAGGAGAGCUUGAAGAUCAGAACUCUGCUGGAGGGAAAAGAGACAGAACUUGAGGAGAGGGUAAGACUAUUGGCUACAAUUGAAAAGGAAGGCGGAGCGCUGAGUAAGGAAGUGGACAGGCUGAAGGAGGUGGCAGUCAAAGCCAAAGAGCUGGAGCGGGAGAACAAGGAUCUACACAAACAGGCGACUAUUGACAAGAGAACUCUGGCUACACUGAGAGAGGAGCUGGUGUCAGAGAAGUUGAGUGUUCAGCAGCAGAGUGUUGAGUUAGAAAGACUCAAUGAAGAACUGGAGAAGAUUGGACUGAACAGAGACAAACUACUGCAGCAGGAGCACACCCUGGAAGACAGCAGGUACAGGCUGCUGGAGUCUCGGCUGGAGGAAACUGUCCAACAGACAAUGAAGAUUAAGGAGGAGAAAAUAUUCACUCUGGAAAAGAAGCUACAUGAGAGCCACACACUCAACGCUACGUUACGUGCUGAACGAGCUAAUGGUCACACGACAGUUUCUGCCCUGAGUCAUAAACAGAAGGAGGAAGAAAACCAAAUCUCCCAGCAGCGAUUCGGUUUUGACCAGGGUCAAAGGUCAGCCACUGCUGAGCUUCUACGAAUCAAAGAUCAUCUUAUUGAUGUGGAAAAGAAAAAUGCCUCCUUUCAAACAGAGACCACUCUGUUGAAGGAGCAGCUUAAACAGCUGGAGAACCAGAACAAUUCUCUUAACAACCAGAUAGUGGCGCUGCAGCGACAUACCACCACACUGCAGGAACAGAACUCAUCCCUACACACACAGACUGCAAAGCUGCAGGUGGAGAACUCUACACUCUCUUCCCAGAGUGCAUCUCUCAUGGCCCAGAAUGCUGUGCUGCAAGGCCAAGUCACUGCCUUGGAGACAGAGGUAGAGUCGUGGCAGCGACAGCGUGAGGAGGCGUGGCGGGCUCGGGAAAGUGUGCUCAGUGACCACGAACGCCUUCUGAGCGUCCAUGAGAGGCAAGCGCACGAGUAUGAGCAGCUUAUCAGUCAGCACGCUGCACUGAAAUACAAACAGAGGGCGCUAGAGAGUGAACAAAGGACUCUGCACAGCAAGCAUUGCGUUUUGCUGCAGCAGAAGGAGAAGUGGGAUGAACAGGCAGGGCAUGGUCAGAAAGAGAAGGAAGAACUUAACCAAGAGAUCCAGAAGAAUCGGCUACUGCAGCAAGAGAAUCUGCAGCUAAAAACAGAAGUGGACAGAUUGACAGAGAGCCAAUCACAGCACUCAGAGAAGAGUGAAGGACUUCAGCAGAGAAUGAACGAACUUAGGAAGUCAUUAAGCUCUGCCCAGCUGGAGGAGAGUCAAUGGAAGGCACAAUACGAUUCACUGAUGGAACAACACCAGGGCCUGGAUCUUACCAUGACCAAACUAGACAACCACUGUGAGCUGCUGAGUCGACUGAAAGGGAACCUGGAAGAGGAGAACCACCACCUCCUGAGUCAGAUCAACCUGCUGAGUCAGCAGAACCACACCCUGCUUGAGAGGAGCAUGGAGAGCAAAGAGCUCUAUCACCAGGAGCAGAAACUAUACAUUGACAAGUUGAAUACUCUUCGUCGGCAAAAGGAGAAACUAGAAGAAAAGAUCAUGGACCAAUACAAGUUCUACGACCCAACACCUAAAAAGAGGAGUCAGUGGUCUGGAGCCAAAGCUUUAGUCAACCUGAUCAAACCCAGGAAGGACAGCAGCAGGGAUAGAGGGGGCGACCGGGACAAGGAAGGGGUCAAGGAGAAAGACCGAGCAAAGAGUGCCCCAGACAUCCCGCUACCUGCCCCACCCCCACUCCUCCCCCCCGAGACGCCGCCCCCUCUUCCCCAGCGGUUGGGAAGUGACACGCAAGAGGUGGGCCACGCUCACAGUAGUCUAAACAACCACAUCAGCAGCCCCGGCCUUGGGUCCCAGAGUCCAGCGCCACUGACACCCAUCAGAGGUUUGACUGACAGGAGCCACAGAGUUUUCCAGAGCAGUACACCAGGAGGCAGCAGUGAGAGUGUCAAUGGAGAAGAUGGACACGGACAAGGUCAGACCUAUAAAACUCUGAGCUCCACUCCGAGCCACCACUUGUCCUCACUGGGCCUAAGCAACAAUUCCAGCUCCAGAAUUGGACCAGGCCCUAGCCGCAGAUCCAGAGGUCUGUUACUUAAUGAAGACUCUUGCCACAAUACAUCUGACUCUGUGUUUGGUCACCAUGGCAACAUUGGAGGUCGCCCAGGAUCGGCAGACUUUAGCCACAACACCUCCAGCUCCAACUCACCUGUGAAUUGCAGAGACUCACUGGAUUGUCCGGGGCGCUCAGCCAGCCUCUCAAGUGACGAUAUCAUGGGUCUCAGCCGAUCACAGCAGACUCUGUCGCGUAGCUCCACCCUCCCAUACGACCACUCACCCCAGAGGGCCCAACCUCAACGUGGAGGCGGAGUUAGAACCAAGAUAAGGUCAUCAUCACCUGGAAGUGAGAUGGUGUCGCUGGAGGAGUUUUUACAGGAGAGCAACUUGAAGUCACCUCCUAUGGUCUCUACAGGAAGCAAGGAAGACUUGAUGACUGACUAUUUCACCAGAAGUCCUGCCGCCUCAGUUCCCACUAUCAGAGAUCAGGUGGCUCCAACCAGCUUUGUCUCGCCCACUGUACAAACAUCCAACCAGAGGCCAGGCCAGAGCGUGAAGCCUUCCCCUCGCCAACCAGUGGGCCAGUCGCCAUCCUCAUGCCCGCCCCUCGGCCAGAGAACCAGCCAAUCAUUGAGCCGUGCCUUCAGCUUGGCCUCAGCUGAUUUGCUGCGUUCUAGUGGACCAGACAGUUUCCGCGGAAAUGAGGCCUCUCCUGGCCAACCAGAUGUGGUAGUUCGACGGCAAGGAGGAUGUGUAAACGGGAGAGAACGGCCACUCUCUGCCCGUCUGGCUGGUCCAACGAAACAAAUUGGAGAUGGCAGCUUCCUAAACCAACCCAUUCACCACUCAUCCUCUCUGAAUCUGCAGACGGAGAGAUACAAAGAGCGAGAAAGAGAGAGCGGGAGGACUCCUUCAUCCCAGAAUGGCCCUCCCUCGUCCUCUUCCUUUCAUAACCAUGAGGUCGCCAUGGUUACUCCCUCCAGGGCUGUGCCAGCAAAACUGCCUAAUGAGGCCUCUGAGCAAGGGGAGGUGUUAAGAGAGGGACAGUCAGAUGACUCCUCCCACUUAAAGAAAGAAAGUGAGACCCCGACAUGUAGCUCUGCUGAACGCCCAAAAAGCACACCAGCAUCCCCUGACCCCAACAACGACCCCCAAACAGUGUGGUAUGAGUACGGUUGUGUCUAAAAACCUGGAACCAAAUAUUCUUAACUUCAGUCUGCAUGAGCUAGAUGCUGGAGCUGUGUGGACUGAGUUCUUUGUCUUGUGGAUAAAUCUUAGAAGUUUGAAGCCUGUGGUCAAACGUUGUUCCAACACAGCAACAGGCACAGGAAGUCUAUGGGCAGGACCUUGUCACAUUUAAAAACAUCUCAGCAUGAAGGACUAAAGUUUGUAUUUUCUGGUACAAACUUGUAAAUGAACAACCAAACCUGAUCCCAUACACCUGCUGCCAACAUGGCUGAUAAAAACAGUCAGUCGGGAAGCUUUGUUAAGCUAAGGAGCUGCCGGAAUUUCAGCUGUUCACAAACAUCACAUCAUAGCCCAAUUCAGAUCAUAGGAUCUGUGGUGUCGGUUCUAAUAUAAUUAUCACUAUCUCGAAGUGACCCUCAGCGGCAGAUGCAAUAUAUAGGGAUUAAGAGAUGAACAUCACACUAAAGUCUCUGACAAUGCUUGAAAUCAUGAAGCUUUGCUUGUUUGUUAUCAGCAUGUUGAGCUUGAUCCAGCAAACCACCUCUGUCCAUAUGAUGGGCUUUUCUCUUGGGCAACAAAGCUGCCAAAGGAGCUGUUUUUUUAAAUGGUGUUUCCAUUCUUGACUGUAUUUAAGGCAAAUUGUGGAUGUUUUGACCAGAUUGUGAUCCAGAUGUAAAUAUUUUUAAAGCUUUCCAAUUUGAAUAUCUAUUGAAAUGGAGAUGCAAGCUGUAGUGUCUGAAGUCUGAGAAUACAUAACACUUACAGCCCAGUUGUGGACCACAACACUAUGGGCAAUGGGCUUUGUCUAUGAGCUGGAACUCUGACUGCCCACUGGCUGGCCCUGCAAAUGUUUACCUGGCUGCCAGCAGUUCUGCAGAAUUGUUGACAAUGAAUUAGCCCUCACCAAGACUGACUGAACUAAAGUUAAGAUGACCAGAAGCACGAGAGCAACUGAAUGUAUUAGAUUUACCCUCCCUUUUUCUCACCUCUUCCUCUUCUCUGUUAUGUAGAAAAACACUGAAAGAGGAAUUACAGAAACCUGGGGGUUCUUGCAAAGGGAGAGGAUUCAAGUGGAAUAGAAAAGGGUGUAAAGAUAGAGAGAAAGUAGGUUAGAAUAAAUAGAGGGAGGCUGCGAUGGACACAGAUGAAUUGAUAGAUAUAGGGAUGGAUAGAGUGAUGGGAGGAUGAACAGAUAAACAAGACAGAGAUGGAGGGGCCCCACCCAUUUAAAUUAUAGUCUUUCUCCCUCCAUCUUUAGAUUCUGUCCCAGCAUGCAACACUGUGACACUUUACUGGAAAUGUUGCUCUGUCCAAGCCAACACUAGAUUCAAAAACACACACGCACACACACACACAUACAGUAUAUGUAAUGAUGCAGGCACAGACAGUGUCCUUCAGGGAACCUUGGUUGUGUGGCUUUUCUUACCGUUGAACUGGACUUAAUUUACACUCGCGUGCUAACCCUAACCCAUACACAUGCAUGGACACACACACUCCGCUGAGUAAACCACAGCAUACUGCUGCAUGCUAAGUAAACCCACAGUUUUAGGCGCUGCACAACAGACAGUGAGGGCGAUGGAUUCUGAGCCUGGAACCACUGUGAUCUGGAUAAUUAGAGUUGUGCCUAUAAUUUAUUAACUGUGGCAAUAGUUUUUAUGAGAAUAAAUGAAUACACAGUGUUUAGCAGCUUAUUCUGUCUAUAUGUGCACAUAGAAUAGAAAGCUUUAUUGUCAUUGUACCCUGUACAAUGAGAUUAACACACUUAACUUUAGCACAUAUGCUAUGCUGUUAGUAAGCAUAGCUACUGAGUAAGCAUUUUCUGAAAUGGAAAAAAAUCUUCAAUAACAGUUUGUGUUUUACAUUUUAGUUAUUUCCUAAGCAAAAACUACACAUGCCAUCUGCUUCCAUCUUCUAUCUGUGAUGCCCGCACCAGCAUUAGAUGAUCAUUGUGUGUGUGACCAGCUAUAUGCGUUUGAUUGUUGUACUGCUAUAGUCUGAGUUUACUUGCUGCCAGCUGUGUAAGCAAGCACUGACACAACAUGUUCCAUUUAUAUGAGGCUCAAGUGAAACACUGAGAUCAGAUGUAGUUUGUGUGUUUGUAGCUCAGACAUUCCAGAUUCCCUUACAUUUGCAACACUGAUAAAGGUGUUUUCUAAACAUUAAAUUUAGCAGAUAAUUCAAACUCAACAUCCAUAAAGCACUACUCAUUUCAAAAUUAUUAGCAGAUCAUAUUAAUAGAAAAAAUAAGUAAAAAAUUCAGUUGUUAGACAGAAUGACCAGAUGGAAAUGUCCAAAAAUAAUACUGUGUAACAAUUUUUACAUUACAACAAAACAGUCCCUUCUGCAAAUUUUGAACACUUAAUGUAUCUAAUAUAACCUUAGAUAUUAAAGGGACAGCUCAUCAGUGUAAUAGCUGACAUAUAUAUAUUGGUUCACACUUUAUUUAUCGUCAUAUGGCACAAACCUUAGAAGUAAAUUUGAUAUGCUAUUAAGUCAGCCCAGCUAAUAUUCUUAGACUUCUCUCGACCACACCUGACCUAAACUGACAUGUUACACAUCAUGUUUUUCUCUCAGUGGCACAGUCUCACAAAUUAUUCUAUUCUAUUAUAAUUAUUCUAUUCUAAUUAUUAAGUUCCCACAAAGACACCUUGAUACACCACUUUUCCUUAGGUUUAUCACUUUUAUUCUUGACCGAAGGUCAAACAUGAGUCUAAGGUUUCCUGCAAACACAGUUUGUUGUCAUCGCUGGUUGUUUACACAUAUGUGAUGUAUUCUGUGGUGAACAGAGUGAAGAGGAAGAUGAUGGAAAUUAAUUUGUGUUUCUUGGAAAACAAAUUUGAAAAAAUGAAUCUCACAAUAGUGACACGGAUCCACUGAAGUUAUGUCUGUACUGCUUUAAAUACACAUCUGAUCUUCCUGCAUUAUAACUGAUUGACAACAAACAUUCCUGAAAGCAGCAGAGUGAGGAGGAGGAAGAUGUAACACUGGAGUUGUGAAAAUGAAGUCCAUCACUAAACCUUACGCUAACAUUCUUAACAAAAAGCAAAUGACAUAUGCAACAAGCUAAAUUAUUUUACCUGUAACAUUUGUACAUGAUGUCAGAUUUUAUAAACAAGUAAAAUGACAGAAGACAUGGUAUACAUUUUGUAAAAUCUUCUGGAACUUGAAAAUGUUUGUUGAUACCAAAACAAAUUCCUGUAAACUGGUUAAACCCUGUGAAUCCAGUAAAGCUUUGAUAGAUGUAGAUUUGUUUUAAUACUUCAGAAGUUUAUAUAGUAGUGAGAUGAUGUGACAUGAUGUGAAACACUGUAGGAUGAUCCUGUUGAUAGUUUACCUGUUUACCUGUUUUCAGUUGGUGUGUGUUGUCUUUGUUCUGCCUGUACAUUUCAUCACUGUUUCUUAAAGAUGUGUGUCUGUGUAUGUCAGUUUCAGUUUUCCAAUGUCGAAAUGGGAAAAAUAAUUAUUCACAGAAGCAAUUUUCUUGUUAUUGUAACACACCAUCUCACACACACUUUAUCCAAGUUUGUUUCGUAAUGUUACUGUUGGCUUUCUGGGAGAUUUGCCUGUCUGGCCCGUUUAUGUUUUUGUGUAUGUCUUUCUGCUUUGCUGACUACCUGUUUUUUGACCAGUCCACCUGCCUUACUUUUCUAAACUGUGGCAUCCUCAUUCUAUGACACCUCUGUGAUCCAUCACUCUUGGUUUAUGUGUCUUAGCACCGUUGUGCACACUUAACUGAAAUAAAAGAAGAGCUGCUAGGCAGCGUCACAUGAGGGAAGUGAAAGCAGAAGGUGAAGUGGAACUGACGUCACAGACUUCUCCUGCUCUAACUGGAAUAACUGCUACUGUAACUGAGGAGGCUGAUGUUAUUCAACUCAAAAGCGUUUUCUAAUAAAGAUCUCUAAUAUUGAACUGA